ACACACAUCAACUCCAAAGGAAUUUUGCAUUCGCUUAUCCUGGUUAUUCACAAUUUAUACAUUGUCAUAACCAGUAAUACAUUUGGAUAAACGUCAAACGUAAGAGCAAAAACAACAAAAGCUGCAGAAAUGUCGCCCAACCCCCAUUCACCAUUGCCACAGGCAACUAUGUCAUCUGGUGACUUUGGAAAUCCCUUGCGUAAAUUCAAGCUAGUAUUCCUGGGGGAGCAAAGUGUUGGUAAGACCUCACUGAUCACUCGUUUCAUGUACGACAGCUUUGACAACACCUAUCAGGCCACCAUUGGCAUUGAUUUCCUCUCGAAGACCAUGUAUUUGGAGGAUCGUACAGUGCGUUUACAGCUAUGGGAUACAGCAGGUCAGGAACGUUUCCGCUCACUUAUUCCCUCAUACAUACGCGACUCGACAGUGGCCGUAGUGGUCUAUGACAUUACCAAUACCAACUCAUUUUAUCAGACCUCCAAGUGGAUCGACGAUGUGCGCACCGAAAGGGGCAGUGAUGUCAUUAUCAUGUUGGUGGGAAACAAAACCGAUUUGGCCGACAAACGUUUGGUCUCCACCGAAGAAGGUGAGCGCAAGGCCAAGGAGUUGAAUGUCAUGUUCAUUGAGACCAGUGCCAAAUCUGGCUACAAUGUGAAAUUGUUAUUCCGGCGUGUGGCUGCCGCCUUGCCGGGCAUGGAUUCGGCAGCCGACAAUAAACCAUCGGAGGCCAUGCAGGAUAUACAAUUGGGACAACAGAACGAGCAAAAGGAUCCCGAAGGGGGCUGUGCCUGUUAAACUAGCGCUUACUACAAGUUAUUCAAUUAAGUCAAGUAAAAAUAAACUUAUUAUUGUUUCUGUUCUUUUUUGGGAAUAUUUGCUGUGAUGAAGAAUCUAGAUCGACUCGAUGCACUACGAAUUCGAGAAAGCCGCCGUACUGUGACUGCAAGCACGCAAGCAAGAAGCCAUUGACUAUAUACGAGCAGCAACGGAAUUAGAAGAAAAAGGAAUGGAAUAAGCACUCCACACACACACACACCUACCAACAAUAACACACAUACUCGUACACUAGAAGACAAAGUAUUCCAAAGCUUCGGAGGCAGUUGGACAAGAUUUUUGUAUGGCCUAGGCAUUAAGGAUAGACGUGUUUUUUUAGUUUUUUAAUUUUUCACAAUAUGCUUAACUAUAAAAACUAAAUGAAACAGGAAUUAACAACAACAUAAAAAAGUUGCGAUUUAAAAAACAAUUAACUUGAAAUUGAAAUUAAAAUAAAAAUUACUUAUUAUCUAUAGUAGAUGUUUGAGCACAAAAUUCUAUGAUAAAGAGAUGUCUUCUACCCAAACCAAGAGCCACAUUAAGGGCGCUGUAGCCUUUUUGUAAUAGUUUGUUUCUGCUUUUCUAGUGCAAUAAAACCAAAAAGGUUAGCACACCUCCCCCCCACACACACACAUACACAUAAACCCGAACACACCCUUAGUAGCAUGUAUUUUGUUUUUCGGGGGAAAAAACCCAACCAACCCAAAAAGAAAAAAUGCAACCAAACAAAUAAAUAAUUUAUGUCAAAUCAAAAGCAAAAAAUACAAAAAGUAACAUAUUUGCAAAAUUUAAUUCAAUUUCAAUAAUGAAAAUACACAUUUAAUGGAAGAUUCCAAAUAAAA